UAUAAAUAUUAUUUUUUUCUGAUCUGUGGAACAAAAGUGAUAAAAACGUUUGUAUGUGUAUAUGUGUGUGUGUGUGAUUUUCUUUGGCAUCUCUCGAGUCCACUCCCUUCAGUCUCGACCAGGAACGCGUUGGCAACACUGACGCCUCAUACACAACUCCAGAUGGUUUAUCUCCAGUGACUAAACUCAUAACAGUAAACGUGUUUUUAAAACCGGCUUUAUACGCAAAAUGUAAAUUAAAAAAUCGGAUUCACCAAAGAAUAUAUUAUUACUACUAAAAAAAAAGAAAACAAAAGAAAAAUAGGAACUGAAAAACAAUGACAGAGUAUAAGCUCGUUGUCGUAGGAGCUGGUGGUGUUGGGAAAUCAGCACUGACUAUUCAAUUAAUACAAAAUCAUUUUGUAGAUGAAUACGAUCCUACUAUUGAAGAUUCAUACAGAAAACAGGUAGUGAUAGAUGGUGAAACAUGUUUGUUAGAUAUUUUAGACACAGCCGGUCAAGAAGAAUACAGUGCAAUGAGAGAUCAGUACAUGAGGACAGGAGAAGGAUUUUUAUUAGUUUUUGCAGUUAAUUCUGCUAAAAGUUUUGAAGACAUAGGAACCUAUCGCGAACAAAUAAAAAGGGUAAAGGAUGCAGAAGAAGUGCCAAUGGUUUUAGUAGGCAACAAAUGUGAUCUUCAACAAUCAUGGGCAGUGAAUAUGACACAAGCAAGGGAAGUUGCACGACAGUAUGGAAUUCCAUUUGUUGAAACCUCUGCCAAAACGAGAAUGGGAGUAGAUGAUGCAUUUUACACUCUGGUCAGGGAAAUACGAAAAGACAAAGAACACAGAGGCAAAGAAAAACGAAAACGAAUAAGAGUUGGAAGUUCGGGACGUCGAAGGCCUAAGUGUUGUAUUCUUUAAAAAAAAAAAUCGACUUGAGAAAAAUCACAUUAAGGAAUGGAAAAAAAAGAGUGCAGUGUAAAAAGCUUUAGAAAUACUAUUAAUUUUUUUUUGUGCACAUUUCGCAGCUUCGAAACAAAAUGCACAAAUUUUUUUUUUUUGAAUGGUGCACAAGAAGAAGGAAUUCGAAUCAACCAUAAAUGUAAGACAUUGUACAAUACAAACAUACGUCUUCACUCAUAGUAUUAACUCUUACAAAAAACAAACAAACAAACUGCUUACAUGACUAAGAGUCUAAAAAAGCGUUUAUUAGUAAUCGAAUGUGACUUAACCCUUGAUCAAAAAAAAAAAAAAAACACAAAUAAAAAUAGAAUAAUUUUAGUCUUUGCGAACAGUGAUAAUUUUAAGCCACAGCUUGCACAAAUUGACUAUUUAUACAUAUAAAAGCUUUAAGUGAUUAUUGUAUAUUUUUUAUACAAACUAUUUUUUUAAUUAACUGUUGCAUUCAAAUCAAAUAAAAAUUGCUCUCAUUUAUAUUCACAAAAAAAUAAAAGAGAGUGACUAUUAUUCUUGAUAAAAUGCAAAUUUUGAUAUUACAAUAUUUGACAAUAAUAUCUUAGUGAUGAUUAUAAGAUUUUAUUAUUCAAUUUUUUAAUUACCAUACCCUGCGAUGCGCUUUUUCAAGUUUUGCCAUUAUGUAUAUUAACUGAAGCGAUCAGGGGUUAAGAACUUCAAUUCAAAUAAUUCUUUUUAGUAUAUUAAACGCGCAAAUUUUUAAUGAUAGUGUUUGACUAGAAAUUCAAUCAAGUAAUCGCACAUAUAAUAAUAGCACAUGAGAUUUGUGUCAAGCAUUUUUGCAACGUUUGAAAAAAAAAAAAUCAUAAAUAUUGAUUGCAAAAAUAUCACUAUCAUUCAUUAAAACUGAUAAUUAGAAUUAAUUGAAUGUACUAUUAGUUGAAACUGCCAUUAUUUAGAACUAAAAAAUUGUUUAAUAACAGUUUUAAUUAAUGAUGGAAUUUACUUUGAAUCAAAUUUAAUUUAGUCAAUAUUAAUUUGAUUCUAUUUUUUUCCAAUCAAAAUAGAAUUUAAACGUUGCAAAUUUUAGCUUCAUUAAUUUUAACGAUUUUUAUCAAUUGUGACCAUUUUUUUUUUUUUAAUUACGAAUUUUAUUAUAAUAUAACGAGAUUCAAAGCCAAAUUUUUUUUUUAAUCGAAACGUUCAAUUGUUUAUUUGUAAAAAUAUUUAGAUUUUUGAUUAAAAAAAAAAAAACAAA